AUGAGGCUGGGUGCGUACAAUAAGGAGCUGGAGGCUGCCAUGGCGUACGCAGCAGCGGUGCACGUGGUCAAAGAUGGUAAGCGCGUGCCAGGCACAGUGGAGCUGACGGAUGAGGAGAAGGGUAUGCUGGAGGGGUGCACGUUGGCAGUUGUCAAGCGGCUGGUUAGGAGCCGUCAGUGGUUCCGAUGGCAGGAGUGGGAGACGGCACUAGUGGACUGCACGGAGGAGGAGACAGCAGGGGACGGCGAUGAGCACUCCGACUCGCAAGACGAUGACGCGGGGGAUGCAGCCGGAUGUGCCGUGGAGGAAGGAGAUGAGGUGAUUGAGCUGGAUGGGGAAGGGUUGGGCGACGCAGAGGGAUCGGCCGGGCGGGGCACACCUCAUGAACUCAAUGAGGACGCUGCAGCAGCGAUGGGCGGUGUGGCGGACGAGGGUAUUAGGACGGGGUUGGCUCUGGGAGAUGCAUUUGAGGGGGCGUUGUUCGACGAAGACCCAGAGGCGGUGAAGAUGGAUGCGGCCCAUGGUGCAUCGCAAGUCUCGCCGAAUGCGGCGGUCGCGUCUAGCGUCGGUGCGGGCGAUGACGAUGUGGGUAGCGAUGGCGAAGGGGAGGCUGCGCCUGUCCGAUCCAAGGCUGUUGCCUCCAUUAUGGCCGAAGAGCCUAGCGCAGCAAAAGGAAAGGCUGCGGCGUCUCCGCUUAAACCGGUGGCUGACAACCCCUUUGAGGCAAUGCCCUGCGCAUCUGCGCAGCCGGCAAGUGGAUCUCGUCGGGAUGAGACGGUUGCCGAUGACGCCGUCGUGAUUAGCCGCGCCGAGCUCGAGGUGCUGAAGACGGCGAGAGACGAGGGCGAGCGUCGGAUUGCGCGGCUGGAGGCGCUGCUGCUGGCCAUAAACGAGAGGGAAACGCAGAACAAGAGGCCAAGGGGUUCGAGGGAGGAACGGGCGCAGGGAGAUGCGCGGCCGCGCAAGCGCAGGCGGGUCGAAUCGGGCUCGGAGGACGCGACAUCGGAGGAGGGAGAGGAAGAAGAUGCGGAGGCGGAGCCAGUGAGGGCACGCCGUGUGGUCCGGCGGCGCCACAUGACAGUGUCGAGCUCACCCAUACUUCAGGAGGCAUUUGAUUUCCUGCCGUCCGGCAAAGCAUGGAAGAGAACGUGCGACCAUCUGCGGGAGUUCCUGUUCAUCGACCGGGCCAAUGAUGUCAUGACCUUUUACCCAAGCAGCCACGACAAGACGCUCGGAUUAUGCUGGAUCACACCACGAUUGACGUUGAAUUAUGCCGGGCUCGCACUGGCGGCCGACAAGGCGCGAUGCGCUGACCUGAACAAGGCACUCAGCCAGUGGAAGACAGAGGUGACGGGCCGCGUUCGAGACAUUGCGCUGUCGCGCAUUGGCCUAUGGCGCAACGAGCGGGACAGGAAAAGCCCGUGGGCACGCAAGAAGCGCAGAGAGGCGGCCGAAGUCCGACUUCGGUAUCGCGUGCUGGACGACGUGAACGAAGAUCUGACGUUGUCAACCUGGAGCGAGAGCAGGACUGGAAUGAUCUUUGCGUCGGGAGCGUUCACGGCGUGUGCCGUGACCGCCUUCCAGCCCAAGAAGGUCACAGGAGCGGUGACCGUGAAACUGUACCAGAUGGCGUGGCUCGAGCAUGUGGUUACCGACACGGUUCUUAACUGGGACAAGCGCAAGGCCCGCCUAUCAAACUCUGCUGGUGGCAAUGCGGAGGUGGUGAACGGCCUCCACCAGGUCGCCGAGGGGGCAGUGGCGCACGCGAUCCAAGACUUCAAGCCCAAGUACGAUGCUGAUGCCCAGGCGUGGGUAUGGGGGGAGCGCGGGCUGAUGCUGUCCUCGUGCGGGCUAGAGCACUUGAUUCCAGGCCGUUACGCGCAGAGGGCGCCAAUCGUGGAAGACGGUGGUUCGGUUUCUCUGGGCACUGACUGA